AUGACUUUACUGCCCCCGACCCUCGCUCAGUCCACCUUGGGCGAGAAGUGCGCAGUCUAUAUAGACCAUAUCACAGACAUCCUCCCCGUUCACCUACAUUCCCUCCGCCAUCACCUAAACCCUAUUCUCGCCUACCUGUCCAAGACGCCCUUCGGUCCCCUCGCGAAAAAGCUGCCACUUGCCUCCGACGACCAACCCCUCGCCCUUUUUGGAGCUUUUGUUGUCUGCCUAUUCACUGUUGUUGCGAUGAGUUGGCGCAACCCCUUAAAAAUGCUGCGGCGCUCGCCGAGCUACGCUCCCGCAUCCAACCCGCAGGUCAGCGAUGAUGACUUCAGCUACAUCACACCCGCAGACGUGGACUCGCCAGUAGACGACGCUGAGCCGGAUAUUAUUGCCCUCCGCCACCGCGGUACCAUCUACCCAUUGCACUUCCGCGCAUACGCGAUCGAUGACGGGGUCUUGACCAUCGGUGACCUGCGAGAGGCUGCUGCUAAGAGCACAGGAGCCGGUCACCCAGACUGUGUGAGACUCUUGUACAAGGGCAAGCUACUUAAGAACAACGCGCGGACAUGCAAAGCCGAGGGAAUCAAGCAGCACUCGGAGGUGCUAUGCGUGGUAUCCGAAGUCGGAGCAAGCUCCCCAAGUGAUGGCUCUGACGACGGGCAAAGCAUUCCUGUAACUGUACAUGGGCCACCACCACCGCAGAUGCCCCGCCCCACUAGUGCAGGAGAAGCAUCGUCUCCUCCUACACCCACGAGUGGAAAGAACAAGAGAUCGAGAAACAAGAAACGCAAUGGGAAGAAGUCCACCAUCCGCCCAGAAUCUCCUGCUCCGUCUCAGUCGCCACGGCCUACGUCGUCAGGCCAGUCAGCCAUCCCCGCACUCCCGCCCAACAUUAAGUUGAUGCGUACGCCGCUGGAGAAGGUCAAUGCUUUGACCCAAUGGUUCGAGCAGGAGAUCAAGCCGAUCUGUGAGGAAUACAUUGCGAACCCGCCCAGUGACCCGAAGAAGCGGGACUAUGAACAUAAGAAACUGAGCGAAACGAUCCUUGCCCAAAUCCAGAUCAAGGCAGAUGGAAUUGAACCAGAUGGCGAUGAGGUGGCUCGCGGUGCACGCAAGGCCCUCAUUAAAGAUACGCAGGCGACUCUCAACAGGCUAGAUACAAGUGUAAACCCGUAA